UCAACAGUCAACAUGUGAUUGUGAAAAAAAGAAAAGUUCAUGUGGAUAUUUUUUGUUUAAUUUGGUCAUAAAAUAGUAUUAAUGCUAGCAGUGUACGUUUCGUUGUAGCUAAUAAAGCGAAAGAUCCCGUCGUACAAUAGUUUCUGUUUUAAUUUAUUAGAAGCGGAUUAUUAAAACAUAAAUCGCUAUGGCUAAAUUUAAAUUGAAAAAGCCAUCAAAAAGGCAACCAGCGCGUCUCAGAUAUAAAAUAGAGAAAAAAGUGAGAGACCACAAUAGAAAAUUGAGAAAAGAAGCAAAGAAGAAUCCCAAAUCAAAGAAACCCAAGCCUGUUGUGAUUCCUAAUGUGUGUCCAUUUAAAGAGGAUAUAUUAAAAGAGGUAGAGGCUGUCAAGAAGCAUAAAGAAGAAGAGAAACAAAAACGAAAGGAACAAGCAAAGUUGGAAAAGCAGAAAAGACUAGAGGAUAAAAAGAAAAACCCAAUUGGCAUAGAUACUUUGGUAGCUAAUGCUGAAGCCAGGGGUAAAGUACAUGAUGCUUUUAAAAGUCCAGAAACAGAGAAUGACAAUGAGUAUGGUAAAGAUAGAAGUCAGGAGAAUUCUCUCAAGACUUAUUAUAGAGAAUUCAAGAAAGUUAUAUCAGAGGCAGAGGUUGUUUUGGAGGUGGUUGAUGCUAGAGAUCCUUUAGGUACAAGAUGCGUGCAAGUGGAAGAAGCAGUGCGUGAGGCGGGCAAGAAGCUGGUGCUGGUCCUGAACAAGGCGGACCUCGUCCCGCGCGACAACCUCACGGCGUGGCUUAAGUACCUGCGCGGCCAAGCCCCGGCCGUGCCGUUCAAAGCCUCCACUCAACAGCAGCAGCACAACCUAGGCCGAAGGAAAAUGAAGCACAUUGUGAAGGAAAAAGAAAUGAAAGGGUCGGCAUGCGUGGGCGCCGAGCUGCUGAUGAGCCUGCUGGGCAGCUACAGCCUCAGCGCGGGGCUGAAGACGUCCAUCACGGUGGGCGUGGUGGGGCUGCCCAAUGUGGGCAAGAGCUCCAUCAUCAACAGCCUCAACCGCUCCAAGGCCUGCAACGUCGGCAGCACGCCGGGCGUCACCAAACAAAUGCAAACAGUACAAAUAGACUCCAAGAUCAAGAUCCUGGACAGCCCCGGCAUAGUGUUCCACGCGGGCGCGGAGAGCGACGCGACAGUCGCGCUGAAGAACGCGCUGAAGGUCGGCAGUCUGAAGGACCCCGUGACGCCCGCCACCGCGAUACUACAGCGCGCGCACAAGCACACGCUCGUCGCGCUGUACUGCAUACCAGAGUUCAACACGCCACAGGAAUUCUUCGCGAGCGUGGCGUCGCGCAUGGGAAGGUACAAGAAAGGCGGCGUCCCGGACCAGGACGCGGCCGCCCGCAUACUGCUCAACGACUGGAACACUGGCAAAGUGAGGUACUACACGGUGCCGCCCGAGGCGCCGGCGGCGCACGUGGAGGCGCGCAUCGUGUCUCGCGCGGCGCCCGAGUUCGACAUCAACCAGUACGAGGCCAUGGAGACCGACGUCAUCAACUCGCUGGGGGACCACUCCACCGAAGAGGCCAUCAAGAUAACAAGUACGGGCCCAGUGAAAGCACUCGACGAAAUGCAAGUGGACGAAGACGAGUCCAGCUUGCUCCCCAAAACGCUGAACAUUCGUCCCAAACUGGACAAGACCAACAAGUCCAAGGACAAAACCAAAUCUGACCCCGAAAUGCUCAUCGAGGGGAACACCAAACUGAACAAACUGAGGAAAAUGCAGUUCAAAAGGGACAAGAAGAAGAAGGCGCGGAACGAGAAGCAAGCCGUCCAGUUGGCAGAUGUUCUGGAAACUGUCACUCUAACUACUGGCAAGAAGAACGAUGAAUACGAUUUCAAGGAGGACUUCAAAUAAAUAAGGAAUAUUUUAUCUUCCAAAAAUAUGA